CUAUCUCCUUCAUUCAUGCAUGUAGAACAUGAGCUUUUUAUUGAGAACUUUAGGAUUUCAGCUGAUUGUAUUUGUAUUCAGGUGAUAGAAGCACAGGUUGAUAUGCCUGUUGUUGGAGCUAUAACUUUGUAUGUAUCUCUUCUGACAUUUACUCUUCGUGUCCAUCCGGAUCGGCUUGAUUAUGUGGAUCAAGUGCUGGGAGAUUGUGUUAAGAAACUUUCUGGAAAACCAAGACUUGAAGAUAGCAGAGCAACAAAGCAAGUUGUUGCACUUCUAAGUGCUCCUUUGGAGAAAUAUAAUGAUAUUGUGACUGCUCUGAAUCUUUCAAACUAUCCUCGAGUGAUGGAUCACCUUGACAAUGCUACAAAUAAAGUCAUGGCAGUGGUUAUUAUUCAAAGCAUUAUGAAAAAUAACACUUGCAUUUCAACUGCUGAUAAGGUUGAGGCAUUGUUUGAACUAAUAAAGGGGCUUAUAAAGGAUUUGGAUGGGUCUCCUGUUGAAGAGCUUGAUGAAGAGGAUUUCAAGGAGGAGCAAAAUUCUGUGGCUCGUCUUAUUCACAUGCUCUAUAAUGAUGAUCCUGAGGAGAUGUUAAAGAUUAUAUGUACUGUGAGGAAGCAUAUUCUGGCUGGAGGACUAAAACGACUGCCUUUCACUGUUCCUCCUCUAAUUUUUUCUGCCCUUAAGUUGGUCAGGCGAUUGCAAAGUCAGGAGGGUGAAGUUGCUGGAGAAGAUGAACCCGCAACUCCUAAGAAAAUUUUUCAGCUUUUGCAUCAGACUAUUGAGGCUUUGUUAUCUGUUCCAGCACCUGAACUUGCGCUGAGAUUGUACUUGCAGUGUGCUGAGGCUGCCAAUGACUGUGAUCUUGAACCCAUUGCAUAUGAGUUUUUCACCCAAGCGUUUAUCUUGUAUGAAGAAGAAGUUGCGGAUUCAAAAGCACAGGUAACUGCAAUCCACCUAAUAAUAGGGACUCUUCAGAGGAUGAAUGUAUUUGGUGUUGAGAACAGGGAUACGCUCACACAUAAGGCCACAGGGUAUUCAGCAAAACUUUUAAAGAAACCUGAUCAGUGCAAAGCAGUUUAUGCAUGUUCGCAUCUCUUCUGGGUCAAUGAACAGGAUGGUGUCAAGGAUGGAGAAAGGGUCCUGCUGUGCCUAAAGCGUGCAUUAAGGAUUGCAAAUGCUGCUCAACAGAUGGCCAAUGUGACAAGGGGUAGCAGUGGACUAGUCACACUCUUCAUUGAAAUACUAAACAAGUAUCUUUAUUUCUUUGAGAAAGGGAACCUUCAGAUCACUAGUGAAGCAAUUCAGGGCCUGAUCGAAUUAAUCACGACAGAGAUGCAAAGCGAUACAACAACAUCAGAUCCAUUUGCAGAAGCAUUUUUUGCCAGCACAUUGCGAUACAUUCAGUUCCAGAAACAGAAAGGUGGUGCAAUGGGUGAAAAAUAUGAGCCCAUCAAGGACUGAUUUGCAUGAAGGUAGACAUUUCCAGGAUGUAAAGCUGCGGCUAGUUGUGUUGUGAGGGGUACAGAAUGAUUCUAAGGCUUGGUUUCUGUUCUCCUCCAACAAAAUGAAAGAGCUUUUUCAUUUUGCCUUUUCUCCAUUUUCUUUACAAAGUGAAACAUCUCUGUGGACAGAAGGGGUGAGGACCCCAAAAGUGAAAAGAAAGGUUGUACCUUGUACUGAUCCAAUGCAGUGUGCGCUGUUGUCGGCAUUGUGAGUCUUUGGUGGGGAAGUAUGUAUCCUUUCUCUGCUGUUGCCACUCACACUGAGUUUUGUUGGUAAUCUCUCUCUUUGUUGGGGAACUAUGUAUCCUUCCCCUGCUGUUGCUAGUCCCGCACCGAGACAUCAUGAAUGACCUUUAACUAUUUGAAGGUCAAAACAUUGUUUUCUUCUCCUUCCCCACCCCUCUCCUCUCUUUAACUUGAUUUUUACCCCGUUCAAAAGGUUACCAUGGUAGGUUGAUGUUGUAAAGUGACUUCUUAUACAAGGUUCAGUGUAUAACAGAAAGGGCAGUUAAAAGAUGAUUCUUCUGU